AUGACUGAUUUCCUUCUGCACGAGGGCCCUAUGGGCUACUCGUUAUUCAAGGUAGUGCACCAGCCUGAGUCGGUAGGCAAUAGGUUGAAAGAGGUACAAGACGGCGUGCAAGACUUGUCGAAAUUUGGGAAGAUGGUUCAACUGCAGAGUUUUCUGCCUUUUGAGAAUGGCAAGCAAGCAUUAGAAGAGCUGCACGAUGUCUCGGAAGGUAUUGCUUCGCAAUUUUUACGCUCAUUCCUCGAAUUGAACCUACCGAAGGCUGGCAAGAAGAGUAAAAUCUCGCUGGGCGUAGCAGACAAAAUACUGGCUGGGUCGAUCAAGAGCGCUAUGCCAGGCCUCGAAUGUGAGACAGGCGAUACCAGCGAGGUUGUACAAGACAUGUUACGAGGUCUUCGAUUACACUCAGAGAAACUGCUGAAGCAAUUGCGCGAAGGAGAUACAGGCACGGCGCAACUUGGCCUGGGCCACGCAUACUCAAGAGCCAAGGUAAAGUUUUCAGUACAGAAGAACGACAACCAUAUCAUACAAGCAAUCGCUAUUCUCGACCAAUUGGACAAAGCUAUCAACACGUUUUCCAUGAGAGUGCGCGAAUGGUACUCGUGGCAUUUUCCAGAGUUGGUGAAGAUUGUCUCAGAGAACCAGAAAUACGCCAAGGUCGCACUAUAUGUAAAGGACAAGAAGACGUUAUCUGAGGACAGUCUGCACGAUCUUGCUGCUCAGGUAGAAGACGACGAGGAGAUUGCCAGAUCGAUUAUUGACGCUGCAAAGACAAGUAUGGGCCAGGAAAUCUCAGUAUCGGAUAUGGAAAAUGUUACGCUAUUUGCUCAGAGGGUAGCGAGCUUGGCUAACUACAGGAAAACACUGCAUACGUACUUGGUCUCGAAGAUGGGCGUUGUUGCUCCUAAUCUAGCGGCAUUGAUUGGCGAGAUUGUUGGCGCUCGUCUCAUUUCGCAUGCAGGCAGCUUGACCAACUUGUCGAAAUAUCCUGCAUCAACAGUACAGAUCUUGGGAGCUGAGAAAGCCCUGUUCAGAGCUUUGAAAACGAAGGGUAACACACCAAAAUACGGACUACUCUACCAUUCGUCCUACAUAGGUCGAGCUGGUCAGAAGAACAAGGGUCGAAUAUCAAGAUUUCUAGCCAACAAGUGUUCGAUAGCCUCGAGGAUUGACAACUUCUCAGAAACACCAUCCACUGCCUUUGGUCUCGCGUUGAAGAAGCAGGUUGAAGAAAGAUUAGACUUCUAUUCCAGUGGUACGCAACCAACUAAGAAUGAAGUCGCUAUGAAAUCCGCCAUGGACCAAGUCCUAAGUCAGAUGGACAUUGACGAUCCGGACGAGGACCCUACUGUAGAUGCCGAAAUGGCUGAUGUUGCCCCUGUCAGCAAGGAGAAGAAGGAGCGCAAAGAGAAGAAAGACAAGAAGGAGAAAAAGGAGAAAGAAAAGAAGCGGAAGUCAGAAGCCGCCACUGACGACGCUGCUACAAAAGAGAAAGUAAAGCGGAAACUCGAUGAACAGGUUAACGGACAUGGGGAAGAGUCGAAGAAGAAAAAGAGAAAGUCGAAGAGCAGCGAAUAG